AUGGCGGCGAGGUGGACGUCGAGGGAUGAGGCGACGCCGUUGUUGCGGUCGGAGAGGCGUCGCGAGGAGGUUUCCGGUGGAAUCUGGCGAUGGGGCGCGCGGGCGGCGUGCGCGGGGCUGGCGCUGAGCGCGCUGGGCGUCGGGUUAGGAGAGAGACCGACGAUCGUGCGCACGGUGGCGAGACAAGGGACCGUGGAAAGCGCGAACGACUUGGAUCUCAUCGAGUGGGUCGGACUUUCGCAGGGCAUGACGACGGACGGCAAACAGGGCUACCUCAAACGUACUCAAGGCGGGAACAACUGGGCAAGAGGCGCGUACAGCGCGCGCGCCAUCACGAAAGUUGGCGACGAGAUUCGCGGCAUUUCCGGCGACUGCAUGCGCACCGACAACAGGCACUUGCAGUUUGGCUUGUCGAGCACGCCCUUGGGCCACAGCCAAACGACCAUCGACUACGCCGUGUUCUGCAACGGCAAUCAGGUCCGAUUCCAAGAGAAGGGCGUGAACAAGUUCGAUGCCGGCGUCUUCGUCGCAGGUGAGACUUUCCAAGUGAUCGUGAACGACGCGGGCGCGAUUGAGUUCUACGUCGACGGCGAUCUCAAGUACACGAGCUUGACGUCGCCUUCUUUCCCGCUCUACGCGGACACGUCGUUUCACAACCACCUCGCAGAGCUCGCCAACGCGCGCUGGGUUCACAAGGUUGUCAAGGGCGCGAACGACUUGGCGGCCAUGGAGUUUGAAGACGCGGAAGGCGUCGAGUCUUCCGCGGGCCAAGUGACGCGCACAAUGGCAGGCAGUGGCUGGAACGUCGGCGCCACGAGCAAACGUGCCAUCACGAAGAUCGGCGACGAAGUGCGUGGCGUCUCCGCGGAUUGCGACCAAACGGACAAGUCCAUGAUGAUUGGCUUGAACUCUGGCUCGACGAACUCCGUCGACGAGGUGGUCGACUUCGGCAUUGUGUGCGACAACGGCGUGAUCCGCAUCUCCGAACACGGCGUCGUGCGCGACGGCGACUUUGGCGAUUACUUCGUCGGUGAGACGUUCCAAGUGGUCGUGCUCGACUCGGGCGUCGUCACGUACUACAAGGAUGGCGCGGCGUUUGCGACGUCUGAUGAGGCGCCUGCCUUCCCGCUCUACGCCACCGCGCGCUUCAACACUGCAGGCGCGUCUUUCUCUCGAGUCUCCUGGAUACAGACUGUCCACGAGGGUGCGAACGACUUGGAUCUCAUCGAGUGGGUCGGACUUUCGCAGGGCAUGACGACGGACGGCAAACAGGGCUACCUCAAACGUACUCAAGGCGGGAACAACUGGGCAAGAGGCGCGUACAGCGCGCGCGCCAUCACGAAAGUCGGCGACGAGAUUCGCGGCAUUUCCGGCGACUGCAUGCGCACCGACAACAGGCACUUGCAGUUUGGCUUGUCGAGCACGCCCUCGGGCCACAGCCAAACGACCAUCGACUACGCCGUGUUCUGCAACGGCAAUCAGGUCCGAUUCCAAGAGAAGGGCGUGAACAAGUUCGAUGCCGGCGUCUUCGUCGCGGGUGAGACUUUCCAAGUGAUCGUGAACGACGCGGGCGCGAUUGAGUUCUACGUCGACGGCGAUCUCAAGUACACGAGCUUGACGUCGCCUUCUUUCCCGCUCUACGCGGACACGUCGUUUCACAACCACCUCGCAGAGCUGGCCAACGCGCGCUGGGUUCACAAGGUUGUCAAGGGCGCGAACGACUUGGCGGCCAUGGAGUUUGAAGACGCGGAAGGCGUCGAGUCUUCCGCGGGCCAAGUGACGCGCACAAUGGCAGGCAGUGGCUGGAACGUCGGCGCCACGAGCAAACGUGCCAUCACGAAGAUCGGCGACGAAGUGCGUGGCGUCUCCGCGGAUUGCGACCAAACGGACAAGUCCAUGAUGAUUGGCUUGAACUCUGGCUCGACGAACUCCGUCGACGAGGUGGUCGACUUCGGCAUUGUGUGCGACAACGGCGUGAUCCGCAUCUCCGAACACGGCGUCGUGCGCGACGGCGACUUUGGCGAUUACUUCGUCGGUGAGACGUUCCAAGUGGUCGUGCUCGACUCGGGCGUCGUCACGUACUACAAGGAUGGCGCGGCGUUUGCGACGUCUGAUGAGGCGCCUGCCUUCCCGCUCUACGCCACCGCGCGCUUCAACACUGCAGGCGCGUCUUUCUCUCGAGUCUCCUGGAUACAGACUGUCCACGAGGGUGCGAACGACUUGGAUCUCAUCGAGUGGGUCGGACUUUCGCAGGGCAUGACGACGGACGGCAAACAGGGCUACCUCAAACGUACUCAAGGCGGGAACAACUGGGCAAGAGGCGCGUACAGCGCGCGCGCCAUCACGAAAGUCGGCGACGAGAUUCGCGGCAUUUCCGGCGACUGCAUGCGCACCGACAACAGGCACUUGCAGUUUGGCUUGUCGAGCACGCCCUCGGGCCACAGCCAAACGACCAUCGACUACGCCGUGUUCUGCAACGGCAAUCAGGUCCGAUUCCAAGAGAAGGGCGUGAACAAGUUCGAUGCCGGCGUCUUCGUCGCGGGUGAGACUUUCCAAGUGAUCGUGAACGACGCGGGCGCGAUUGAGUUCUACGUCGACGGCGAUCUCAAGUACACGAGCUUGACGUCGCCUUCUUUCCCGCUCUACGCCGACACGUCGUUUCACAACCACCUCGCAGAGCUGGCCAACGCGCGCUGGGUUUACCGAAUCAUUGAAGGUGCCGAUGACCUUGAGCCUGUUGAGUUCCUUCUACCUGAGAAUGCGACUCUUACACCUGGAUCUCUCGCUCACGUGUUGAGUGAAGAGGCGGCAAAACGCAUCGAAGAAGCUUCAUUACUUGCUUUCGCAACGAGUCGUUCAUCAAUUCGCGGUUGGAAUGACACCAAAAAAGGCGUGUCUGCCGAUUGUUCCGACAACAAGUCACAGAUGAUGUUUGGACUCAUGGUGCAAGGUGAUCAAGAUGCUCAGUUGAAUGAAACCGCUGCGAAUGAAACCGCUACUGCUCCGGCGCAGACGAACCUGUCCUUUGCGAUAUACUGUGAUGCCGGAACGUUGCGUCUCCUUGAAGAUGGAGUUGUCAUCAAAACAAUCGAGCCACAUCGACGUCCCGAGCCGAAUACACCACAUGGGAUUGAAGGCCAACUUCAAGUCCCGACCCCGGAGAACGAUGCUCAAGGUCCACCGCCUUCAACACAUCUUGGUACUUCGCCAGACUUGGCACUUGAUUCAUUGGAUAGUGAUUCACCCGAAUACAUAAAUGACCAACACAAUGCGUCAGCCUUCCAAAGGCACGAGCGCAUUGUCGAGCCUCCUUCGGCGUACAGCCCUGGAGAGACAUUUUCUAUCGUCAUCAACGAGCAUGGUGUCAUCGAGUAUCUGCAAAAUGGUAAUGUUCUUCAUGUCAGCACUAAAAGUGUUGAAUUCCCUCUUUACUCCCAGGCUCGAAUCUUCACCGAAGGUGCGAAGCUAAGCCACAUGCAUUGGCUAAACAUGAUGGACUUUGAAACAGUCCAGCGAUGUGAAGUGUCACACGGCGACGUGUACUUGCCGGUUACACCUGAAAAAAUGGACAUUGUGCGCUCGACAAGUAAACGCGCCGUAACUAAAAUUUAUGACGAAGUUCGCGGUAUUUCUGCGGAUUGCAGUGACACAACAACGAAAAUGAUAUUCGGUUUGAGCAGCGCUCAUUACACACCCUCGGAUGGCGAUGCUAUUGAGUAUGCCGUUGGUUGCAAUGCCGGAACAAUGGAAGUUUACGAAGACGGUGAGCUUAUGGCCACGAUCGGAACAUACCUCGCGGGAGAAACGUUCCAGGUCGCAUUUAAUGACGAGGGUAUCGUUCACUAUUAUAAAGAAGGACAUUCUGUCUACAAUAGUAGCAGAGAACCGAUCUUCCCAUUGUUUGCCGAUGGAUACGUUGAUGAAGGUGGAGGACACCUCGAAAAUGUGAAGUGGAUAAAAGUUGUUCAUAAAGGUUCACGGGAUCUCGAUCUCAUCGAGUGGGUCGGACUUUCGCAGGGCAUGACGACGGACGGCAAACAGGGCUACCUCAAACGUACUCAAGGCGGGAACAACUGGGCAAGAGGUGCGUACAGCGCGCGCGCCAUCACGAAAGUCGGCGACGAGGUUCGCGGCAUUUCCGGCGACUGCAUGCGCACCGACAACAGGCACUUGCAGUUUGGCUUGUCGAGCACGCCCUCGGGCCACAGCCAAACGACCAUCGACUACGCCGUGUUCUGCAACGGCAAUCAGGUCCGAUUCCAAGAGAAGGGCGUGAACAAGUUCGAUGCCGGCGUCUUCGUCGCGGGUGAGACUUUCCAAGUGAUCGUGAACGACGCGGGCGCGAUUGAGUUCUACGUCGACGGCGAUCUCAAGUACACGAGCUUGACGUCGCCUUCUUUCCCGCUCUACGCGGACACGUCGUUUCACAACCACCUCGCAGAGCUGGCCAACGCGCGCUGGGUUCACAAGGUUGUCAAGGGCGCGAACGACUUGGCGGCCAUGGAGUUUGAAGACGCGGAAGGCGUCGAGUCUUCCGCGGGCCAAGUGACGCGCACAAUGGCAGGCAGUGGCUGGAACGUCGGCGCCACGAGCAAACGUGCCAUCACGAAGAUCGGCGACGAAGUGCGUGGCGUCUCCGCGGAUUGCGACCAAACGGACAAGUCCAUGAUGAUUGGCUUGAACUCUGGCUCGACGAACUCCGUCGACGAGGUGGUCGACUUCGGCAUUGUGUGCGACAACGGCGUGAUCCGCAUCUCCGAACACGGCGUCGUGCGCGACGGCGACUUUGGCGAUUACUUCGUCGGUGAGACGUUCCAAGUGGUCGUGCUCGACUCGGGCGUCGUCACGUACUACAAGGAUGGCGCGGCGUUUGCGACGUCUGAUGAGGCGCCUGCCUUCCCGCUCUACGCCACCGCGCGCUUCAACACUGCAGGCGCGUCUUUCUCUCGAGUCUCCUGGAUACAGACUGUCCACGAGGGUGCGAACGACUUGGAUCUCAUCGAGUGGGUCGGACUUUCGCAGGGCAUGACGACGGACGGCAAACAGGGCUACCUCAAACGUACUCAAGGCGGGAACAACUGGGCAAGAGGCGCGUACAGCGCGCGCGCCAUCACGAAAGUCGGCGACGAGAUUCGCGGCAUUUCCGGCGACUGCAUGCGCACCGACAACAGGCACUUGCAGUUUGGCUUGUCGAGCACGCCCUCGGGCCACAGCCAAACGACCAUCGACUACGCCGUGUUCUGCAACGGCAAUCAGGUCCGAUUCCAAGAGAAGGGCGUGAACAAGUUCGAUGCCGGCGUCUUCGUCGCGGGUGAGACUUUCCAAGUGAUCGUGAACGACGCGGGCGCGAUUGAGUUCUACGUCGACGGCGAUCUCAAGUACACGAGCUUGACGUCGCCUUCUUUCCCGCUCUACGCGGACACGUCGUUUCACAACCACCUCGCAGAGCUGGCCAACGCGCGCUGGGUUCACAAGGUUGUCAAGGGCGCGAACGACUUGGCGGCCAUGGAGUUUGAAGACGCGGAAGGCGUCGAGUCUUCCGCGGGCCAAGUGACGCGCACAAUGGCAGGCAGUGGCUGGAACGUCGGCGCCACGAGCAAACGUGCCAUCACGAAGAUCGGCGACGAAGUGCGUGGCGUCUCCGCGGAUUGCGACCAAACGGACAAGUCCAUGAUGAUUGGCUUGAACUCUGGCUCGACGAACUCCGUCGACGAGGUGGUCGACUUCGGCAUUGUGUGCGACAACGGCGUGAUCCGCAUCUCCGAACACGGCGUCGUGCGCGACGGCGACUUUGGCGAUUACUUCGUCGGUGAGACGUUCCAAGUGGUCGUGCUCGACUCGGGCGUCGUCACGUACUACAAGGAUGGCGCGGCGUUUGCGACGUCUGAUGAGGCGCCUGCCUUCCCGCUCUACGCCACCGCGCGCUUCAACACUGCAGGCGCGUCUUUCUCUCGAGUCUCCUGGAUACAGACUGUCCACGAGGGUGCGAACGACUUGGAUCUCAUCGAGUGGGUCGGACUUUCGCAGGGCAUGACGACGGACGGCAAACAGGGCUACCUCAAACGUACUCAAGGCGGGAACAACUGGGCAAGAGGCGCGUACAGCGCGCGCGCCAUCACGAAAGUCGGCGACGAGAUUCGCGGCAUUUCCGGCGACUGCAUGCGCACCGACAACAGGCACUUGCAGUUUGGCUUGUCGAGCACGCCCUCGGGCCACAGCCAAACGACCAUCGACUACGCCGUGUUCUGCAACGGCAAUCAGGUCCGAUUCCAAGAGAAGGGCGUGAACAAGUUCGAUGCCGGCGUCUUCGUCGCGGGUGAGACUUUCCAAGUGAUCGUGAACGACGCGGGCGCGAUUGAGUUCUACGUCGACGGCGAUCUCAAGUACACGAGCUUGACGUCGCCUUCUUUCCCGCUCUACGCGGACACGUCGUUUCACAACCACCUCGCAGAGCUCGCCAACGCGCGCUGGAUUUCGGCCGUACCGACGCCAGCCUGAGCAAUAAAUAAUACCCCCGCCGUAAGUUAUACUUGCGCAGUUAACAGAGAUGAACCAAAAAAAUCGAAAAAUUGAAAAGAGUCAAAC